GGUGACGUCACGCGGGGGGGGGAUGAGUCACGGGGCCGUGAUGCAGUCCCCGGGCGUGCGGUGCCCCCCCCACCCCCACCCCCCUCCAUCCCCACCCCCCUUCUCCCGCCUGGGGACGGCACCGGGGACGGCGACACCGGGGACAGCGGGGACAUUGGGGACAGCGGCAGGCGCCCCUUCUCCCCUUGGGGGGGCCCCGGCGCGGGAGGAAAGACGGCUCUCAGCACCCUGCUGCGCUGCUUCCCCUGCCAGCGGCUGUGCGGGGGGUGCACGGUGCCCCCCGCGCCCCCCCGGCCCCCCGGGGCCCUGCCACCCUCGGUGCCCCCGCCGCCAGCCCGCCGCCACCUGCCCCCCGCCGCCUGCCUGCCCCCCAGGACCUUCCACAGCUACCUGCCCCGCUCACACCGCACCUACAGCUGCGUCCACUGCCGGGCACACCUGGCCCGCCACGAGGAGCUCAUCUCCAAGUCCUUCCAGGGCAGCCAUGGCCGUGCCUACCUCUUCAACUCCGUGGUUAACGUGGGCUGCGGGCCGGCCGAGCAGCGCCUGCUGCUCACCGGGCUGCACUCGGUGGCCGACAUCUUCUGCGAGAGCUGCAAAACCACCCUGGGCUGGAAAUACGAGCAGGCCUUCGAGAGCAGCCAGAAGUACAAGGAGGGGAAGUUCAUCAUCGAGACGUCGCACAUGGUGAAGGAGAACGGCUGGGACUGACGGCACGCCGGGGGCACCCCGCUGUUGGGGGGGGCACCCCGCUGUUGGGGUGGCAGCGCGGUGUCCCCCCCCCCACCCCACAACUCCUCACCUUCCCGGUGCCCUGUGGUGGGGGCACCCUGCCGGGGCACCACAGGGCCCAUCACCAGCACGGGGGGGGGGGGGGCUGCGGGCAGCUUUUUUAGGGGAAUAAAAGCUUUUUUUUUUAUA